AUGUCUGAUGCCAACUUGCCAUACAGUGUGAGCGCUGGCUGCUCCUUAUGUCCUUCUCUGUACACCUGUAUUUUCCACGGAGGCAGUGACAGUACUGGCAUCAGAACUGUGCUGUGCAAUAACCCGGACAUGUCAGAGAUCCCAACCAGCAUCCCGGGGGACACUGUCAAGCUACGGGUGGAGAAGACAGGCCUGCGGCGGUUGCCAGGUCGACCUUUCUCCUCCUUGCCCAGCUUACUGUACCUGUGGGUGAGCUACAGUGAGGUGGUCGCCAUGGAUACGGAAGCUCUUGCCGGCUUGACCGUGCUGCGGGAGCUGAGACUGGACGGGAACCUGCUGACGGCCUUCCCCUGGGAGGCGCUGCGGGCCACGCCCCACCUGCACGUGCUCAGCCUGCGCAACAACCGACUGGCGAGCGUGUCCUGCGAGGCUGCUCACUUCCUGAGGAACGUCACCUACCUGGACCUCUCCAGCAACAAGCUGACCACGCUGCCUUCUGAUCUUAUGGACAUCUGGCCUCCCUUCUCCAAAGUGAUUGGGGAUCCCUCUCAGAAAGUGCUGCUGGGCCUGCAAGAUAACCCGUGGUUCUGUGACUGCCGUAUCUCCAAGGUCCUGGAGCUGGCUAGGGUGCCAAAUAUUCAGCUGGUCCUGAUGGACACAUACCUGGCCUGCAGCGGGCCGGAGAAUCUGGCCGGGGUGGCAUUCCAGCUGGUGGCACUAUCCCGUUGCUUGAAGCCUGCAGUGGUGACCUCCAGGGCACAGCUCAUCUCGCUGCUGGGCAGCAAUGUGCUGCUGCGUUGUGAUGCCACCAGCUACCCAACCCCCAGCCUCUCCUGGUUGCGUGCAGAUGGGCUGCCCAUCAACACAACAGUUGUCCAGGAGUCUCCAGGCAAUGGAAUACGAUGGUCCAUAAUUAGCCUGAAUGCAGUUUUGUACAAGGAUGCAGGUGAAUACCGCUGUAAGGCUAAGAACGUGGUGGGGUCAUCUGAGGCCUCGAUCACCCUGACUGUAGCUGGUGUAAUCUCCACUAACAUCCCCAAAGCAAAGCCGGCUUCACAUGACGAAACUUGGACAUUCUCCAUCCCGGUGACAGACCCCAAGUCUACAGCAACCAGACCCACUGGGGUUGGCUUCACCCUAUCACCUGGUCCUAGUGACAGGACAGCCCCGAGCAUCAGAAGCCAGCAGGAGGGUCUCUUAGAGAGCGAGGUGGUGGGCAAGGUGCAGGAAAGAGGAGCUUUCAGGAAGCCAUCACUGAGUGGCAAGAACAAGAAGGCGUCCAGUGUCACCUUCUCCACAAGCCGAAGUUAUGCUGUCAAAAACAUCCGGGCGGUAGAAGAGAUGGCUAACAGUGUGACGCUGCUUUGGAGCACAGAUGGAGCUCAGGAUGGCGCUCUGGUUUCUGUAGUAUAUUUCUCAUAUGAGGACAAGGAGAAACAGAUGGUUAAGACUGAGGUUGGGAAAGGCAAGCUGGUACUGAUGGGCCUCAAGCCACAGAUGAAGUACACAGUGUGCCUCGUCACCAAUGGACAGCCACAGAAAAGCCUGUGCAUCAGUUUCUCCACCAGGGCCGCCAACGUGGGCGUGAGCCUCGGCUGGAUGUUUGCCGUGGCCGGUGCCGUCGCCUGUGCUGUAGCACUGUCUCUGUCCGGCCUCCUUCUCCACCGCUGCCUGUCUUCCUUCUGUGGCAGUAGUGCGGGAUCUGAUGACGAGGAUCUCUCCAAAGAUACCUACGUGAAUUUCGAGACGGUGUCAUUAAAACAGAGGACGCUUGGAAGUCAGGUGGGCGAGCUGUGGACCCGACAGCAGACGCAGGAGUCCGAGAGGAUGCUGCUGUGCUCCCAGUCCAGCACUGACUCAAUGCUCACAUUCAGGAGUGACUUUUCUAGAGCUGAGUACCCAUGUUAG